AUGAGUAUUACACUUGAGGAACACUUUCUCUCUCCGGCGGCACACUCGUCAACGGAAGCAACAGACGACCCGAUCCAUGGAUUUCCGGACAGUAUCAUCAAUAAGCUCGUCGACCUCGAUGAUGAACGAAUCAAGAACAUGGACGAGAACAAUGUAGCGAUCCAAGUCCUGUCUCACACUCCCACAAACUUUGUCACAGCCGAAACCAUAAUAGCUUGUAACGAUGAGCUUGCUGCAGCUGUCCGAGCGAACAAGUCUCGCUUCGCUGGCUUUGCGUGUCUCCCGAUGGGUGAUCCCGUGGCAGCAACUCAUGAGCUGGAAAGAUGUAUCAAAGAGCAUGGCUUCGUCGGUGCGCUCGUUGAUAACCAUUCCAACGGCAACUUCUAUGAUGGCCGUGAGUACGAUAUCCUCUGGGCAAAAUCUGUGGAACUCCACGUGCCGAUUUAUAUACAUCCCGCAUGGCCAAGUCAAAAAGAAAAAGAAGCUUUGUACUCAGGCGGCAAUCUGCAGUCAGACAGCAACUCAGCAACUGCACUCGGCGCCUUUGCUUUUGGGUGGCAUGCCAGCACUGCGAACACCAUUCUUCGCCUCAUGGCUAGUAACACUUUCGACCGCCAUCCGAAGCUCAAAAUUAUCAUUGGACAUUCUGGAGAGCUCAUACCAUAUAUGUUUGACCGUAUCAACAAGGCCACUGUAUUCUUCGGCAUGAAACGUGGGUUUGCGGAGGUGAUGCAUAACAAUAUCUGGAUCACGACUUCAGGAAUGUUUGACGUGCACUCUUUACGGUGCCUGUUGGGAAACAUGCCUCUGAGUCAAGUCAUGUUUAGUGUUGAUUAUCCUUUCAGUGAUAAUAAGGUUGGAAAGGAGUAUUUAGAGAUGAUCCGAAGGGAAGGGAUUCUUGACAAGGAUGGGAUUGAGGCUUUUUCUUCUGGGACCGCUAGGAAGUUGUUGUUUCGCCAAGGUUGA